UUCCAGUGCCGAAACUGGCAAGUGCCGAGGCGACACUUUUCGCUAGUAAUCUUGAAAAACAGAAAAAAUGGCUUGCUCGGCGGUGCGGAGUCCUAUUUUGCGAAAUCCUUCGGUCAGACACUAUGCGCUGGCUGCUUGUGCACAAGCUUCAUUACCAGCUGCGGAUGUCCAAGUGCUAGGCAAUAAAAUUACUGUAGCAGCUCUUGAUACAAAUAGUCCUGUUACUCAAAUUUCUAUUGUUUUCAAAGCUGGUUCCCGAAAUGAAACCUAUGAGACUCAAGGAACGUCUCAUCUUCUUCGAAUAGCUGCUGGACUAGGCACAAGUCGUUCCAGUGCUUUCGGAAUAACAAGAAAUGUCCAGCAACUGGGGGGAAAUUUGACGGCGACUUCCGAUCGCGAGAGCAUUGCAUACACUGUGCAAGUCACGCGCGAUAAAGUUCCUCAAGCGUUGACGUUCUUAGAGGAUGUCGCGACUCGUCAAGUAUUUAAACCUUGGGAGAUUUCUGAUGAGACCCCCAGGUUACGUUACGAACUCUCGACAAUACCCGAGGUGAGUCGGAUUAUCGAACUCUUACACAAGGCUGCUUAUCGGACAGGCCUGGGAUACUCCCUUUACUGUCCAAAAAGGCAAAUUGGAAAGAUCAGUACUGAAACUCUACAGCAUUUCGUUUCCACCUGGUUCUCGGGAUCUAGGUGCGCAGUCGUAGGAACUGGAAUUUCAGGCUCGGAAUUAGCUUCCUUCGCUACCGGCUUGAAUGUCAGUUCAACCGAGAGUUCAACGGCAGCCUCCAAGUACUGUGGCGGUGACGCGCGAAAAGAGCGUAAUUCGCCAAUCGCUACGGUCGCAGUUGCUGUCGAGGGGUCAGGCCUUGACAAAGAAAAGGAUGCCCUGGCAUUUGCAAUAUUGAAAAAUGCGGCUGGCACAGGACCCAGUGUCAAAUGGGGAUCCAGUCCGUCUCCUCUGACCAAAGCUGUCGCUUCUGCAGCAGGUUCAGAUCCCUUUGCUGUAACUGCAUUUAAUGCAAGCUAUACUGAUUCUGGCCUUUUUGGCUUUGUCCUCCAGGCACCUCCCAAUAUCGCAGGAACGGCUACGAAAGCUGCUUAUAAAUGGCUGAAGUCUGCUAAUUUAACUGAUGCUGACAUUUGCCGAGGUAAGGCGGCAUUAAAAACGUCGGUUUUAGCUGCAACGGAUUGUUCCACAAGUCAAUUAGAAAAUCUUAGCCAUCAAGCUUUAUUGAAGGGACGAGUUGUAACACCUGCGUCUCUGGUUGCUGAAAUAGACAAAAUUACGGCUUCCGACGUUAAGAAUGUGGCCAAGAAAGUUAGCUCUGGAACUCCCACGUUAGCAGCGAUUGGCGAUAUUAGCACUGUGCCCUACGCCGACCAAUUAUAGAAAAACUAGAUUUCAGAAUCUGCAGUAAGCAAACCAUCUACAAUCCUUUAUUUAUCAAGAAAAUGAGAAACAUGUUGUCCUGGUAUUUACAUUGGUCAAGUAUGUUGAAGGAUCUCGUUGUACUGCAAUUCACAUAAUUGUGUAAAUAAUCGAUAAGAAAUAAAAAAAAAA